ACAAUUCACUCCCUGAAACGGACUUUUGCACGGGCUGGGUCUUUGGCUCCGCAGAACGAAGACUGGCAAGUCCAGAUGGAAAGAGAAAAGCAGACCAGCCAGGAUCUGGCGACUCUCUGUGUGGAGCUGGUGGAGGAGAGAGAACAGCUGCUCUGUGACAUCGAGAUGCUGAAGGCUGAGGAAGCACAGGAGUUCAAGGAUCUUAAAGAACUGGUGCGUUCGCUGCGGAAUAGUUCGCAGACCAGCAGCAAGGCCCGCCUGAAGGGCCAGAAGACUGAGAAAGAAGUCCUCCUCCAGACGGUGACGGACACCAAAAGGAAAGUGACCAUGAUUGAGUGGGAGCAGCGGUAGCUGUGCCGGGACCUGGAGCAGGUGAAGGCGCAGGCGGCACAGGCACAGGAGCUGGAGCAGGAGCUGCAUUGGCUGCAGGAGGGGAUCAAGAAGCUGGCCAUGGAGGUCAGUGCCCUGACGACGGCCCCUGAGAGGGUCCAUGCCCGCGAGCGGGAAAGCCUGACCUGUUACUGGAGAACCGGAGGCUGCAGACGUCUCUGGACACCCUGC